GACGGAGGGGACAUGGAGGGAGCAGGAGGGACCACCGGAGCAGGCAGGCAGGAGGGCGAAGCCAUGGCAGGCAAAGGGGAAGCCGGAGAAGGCGCCGUCCGAUGCCCCGCCGAAGCAGGGGGGCCCAGAGGCGGCCGACACGGAGGUGGGAGCGAGGACCGGCAUCGAGGCACUGGGAGGGGACGCGGAGGCGACCAUCGAGCUGACGCCGCAGGACCCACAGGCAGCCACCGAGCCACGGCCAGGAGACGCACGGACCGUGGUAAACUGCAGAUAACUGAAACUGCGGUUAAUGAAACCAAGAAUACGGGGGUCUUCAUUGUACUGGUAUUCAUCUGGGAUAAGAACUUCACUCUGGAUAUAUAUAUUAUUAACAUCUAAACUAAAAAAAAAUGGAUGCCAAUGCUAUUUACAAUUUCCUGGUCCAGAAGAUCAACAAAUUCAGUUUUGGUGGUACCAGUGUGCCAUGCCAACUGCGGCUGACCAGUGACAUGGCUGUGCCGGUGGCUGUGAGUCCCUCAGGCCACGUCCUUAUUGCAGCUUCUCAAUAUGGCAAAGGUCGGAUUGUGGUAAUAGCUCAUGAGGCAUACAUGGAAGAACCAGAAUUUGGUCAGUUUCUUCAGAAUGCUGUUUCCUGGCUUCUACCCCAGCCAGAUUCUUGGGUGGGUCUACAUAAGCUUCCUUGCCUUACUGAGCAUUUAUCCAAGAACGGAUUCAAUGUCAAGUCUUUAGCUAAAUUUGAUGGUUCUGUGGGUGUCUUCUGCUGCGAUGCCUACCUUGAUAAUCAAGCAGCAGAGAUGGUGGAGUUCUUAAAGGGGGGCGGUGGGCUCCUCAUUGGAGGUCAGGCAUGGCAUUGGUCUUACGGUCACAAGGAGCAUGAUCUUCAGUCAUUUCCUGGAAAUAAAAUAACCAGAGUUGCUGGGAUCUCAUUCACCGACACUUAUGGGGAAAAGGGCUCCUUUCCUGUUCUUCAGAAAAUACCACUGCAACCAAUUUUUACUCCGAAUUGCAAGGAUAAUGGACAAGCUCUGAAAAUUCUCCUGGAUGGAUUAACUCAAUUUGACCUGCAAAACUCCAGUGUACCCUCAUCUCUGCUGGUCCAUGGUCUCCUGGCAUUCCCCAUUGCCCAGGAUGAGACAGGA